GCAUACCAAAGCUUAAUCCGUCUGGAUAACAAAUUUAAAACCACAAAGCCCUAUUCCCAUCAUCUCUCUCAUGGCCCAUCUAAUCAAGUUCCAGUUUGCCCCAAGCUCGUUGCCUUCGAUAUCUCUCAAGCUUUCUCUCUCUAACAAAGGUUUCUCUCUCUAACCACCACAUAUUGAGGGUAGAGGUGGGUUUCAGAGCUAGGAUGUUGUGCUACAAGCGUUAUCACUCUAGCCAUCAAGCCAGAUAAGAGGAAUUAUGACGACUGUUGGAUCUGCUCAACCCGUUACAUCUCAGACGUUUUCUUCUUAUUCUCAUCCCACCAAAAACCAUCCAAAGAAUGGAAACACCAUAAGCUAUUUCAAUGGUAAUCAGUUGAGAAGUUUGUCAUUAAAAAGGGGAGCUUUGAUGUCAAACAGAUUCAGAGGGAACCCGAAUUACAGUUCUCCAAGUGCUAACUUGUAUAAGCAAACUAGCUUUCAAAGAAUCAGCGAGGAUUUCAACAUAUGGGGUGGGUUUCGAGAGCAUCAAAAGUGGAAUAAUUCGAGAACGCAUGCCAGUGGUUCUCAUGACCAGGAUAGUGAAUCAAAGGCAACCCCAAAUGAGAAUAAUGAGGGGAAAAUUGGUUUAAAAAACUCAGAGAACAAAGGGGUAAGUGAUAAUAAGUCUUCGCGGAGGGAAAAGCAUGGGAAAGGAGGGUGGUGGAAAGGAAGGAAAUGGCAAUGGCAACCAAUAAUUCAAGCCCAAGAGAUUGGUAUUCUUCUUUUGCAACUUGGGGUUGUUAUGUUUAUGAUGAGGUUAUUGAGGCCAGGGAUUCCAUUACCAGGUUCUGAUCCUCGAGUCCCAACCGCUUACGUAAGUGUUCCUUUUAGUGAGUUCUUGAGCAGAAUAAACAAUAACCAAGUGAAGAAGGUUGAGGUCGAUGGGGUUCACCUCACUUUUCGUUUAAAGGCAGGUGUGGGUACUUUGGACAAUGAUAUUAGUAGUAAGAUGCAUGAAACCGAGGAUUUAGUGAAGACAGCAUCACCCACUAAGCGUAUAGUGUAUACAACUACUCGACCAAGUGACAUAAAGACCCCAUAUGACAAAAUGCUGGAGAAUGAAGUUGAAUUUGGAUCCCCUGACAAGCGUAAUGGUGGAUUUUUUAAUUCUGCUAUGAUUGCACUUUUCUAUAUUGCUUUGCUUGCGGGUCUCCUCCACCGCUUUCCAGUGAGCUUUUCACAGCACACCGCUGGUCAGCUAAGGAGUCGUAAAGGUAGGGGUAAUGGUGGAUCAAAAACAUCUCAAAAUGGGGAUUCUAUCACUUUUGCUGAUGUUGCAGGAGUGGAUGAAGCUAAGGAAGAACUUGAAGAGAUUGUGGAAUUUUUGAGAAAUCCAGAUCGAUAUGUCCGACUUGGUGCCCGCCCUCCUCGUGGGGUUCUAUUGGUAGGUCUCCCUGGGACUGGUAAGACACUUCUUGCAAAAGCGGUGGCUGGGGAAGCUGAUGUUCCCUUCAUAAGUUGCUCUGCAAGUGAAUUUGUUGAAUUGUAUGUUGGUAUGGGUGCCUCUCGUGUACGAGAUCUUUUUGCGAGGGCAAAGAAAGAGGCACCAUCAAUAAUUUUCAUUGAUGAGAUUGAUGCUGUAGCAAAAAGCCGCGAUGGUCGCUUUCGUAUUGUGAGCAAUGAUGAGCGGGAGCAAACCCUGAAUCAGUUGCUCACUGAAAUGGAUGGCUUUGACAGCAACUCUGCGGUCAUUGUCCUUGGAGCAACCAAUCGUUCAGAUGUUUUGGACCCUGCCCUACGCCGACCUGGGAGAUUUGAUCGUGUAGUGAUGGUGGAAACUCCCGCCAGGAUUGGGAGAGAAGCCAUUUUGAAAGUUCAUGUUUCUAAGAAGCAGCUUCCUUUAGGGGAUGAUGUGAAUCUAAGUGAAAUUGCUGCUGCUACAACUGGUUUUACUGGAGCAGACCUUGCAAAUUUGGUAAAUGAGGCUGCUCUGUUGGCUGGAAGAGUAAACAAGAAUGUGGUGGAAAAGAUUGAUUUUAUGCAAGCAGUGGAACGCUCAAUAGCUGGCAUAGAAAAGAAACAUGCAAAGUUGCAAGGAAGUGAGAAAGGUGUUGUUGCACGACAUGAAGCAGGGCAUGCGGUCGUGGGAACAGCUAUUGCUAACCUACUCCCCGGACAACCACGUGUAGAGAAACUGAGCAUACUGCCCAGGUCAGGAGGGGCCUUGGGAUUCACAUAUAUUCCUCCUACAACUGAGGAUCGAUAUUUAUUAUUCAUUGACGAACUGCGUGGUCGCUUAGUAACUCUCCUUGGAGGAAGAGCAGCAGAAGAAGUUAUUUAUUCGGGACGGGUGUCUACUGGUGCACUCGAUGAUAUUAAGCGGGCAACUGAUAUGGCAUAUAAAGCGGUGGCUGAAUAUGGCCUUAAUCAAAGCAUUGGUCCAGUUUCUCUGGCAACUUUAUCAGGAGGCGGGCUCGAUGAGUCUGGAGGAGUGGGUCCUUGGGGAAGAGAUCAGGGGCAUUUGGUUGAUCUUGUUCAAAGAGAGGUCAGAGCGCUUUUGCAAUCUGCACUUGAAGUUGCACUUUCUGUUGUACGUGCUAAUCCUACAGUGUUGGAAGGGCUUGGUGCUCAAUUGGAAGGUCAGAAGAUUGAGAAAGAAAAAGUGGAGGGCGAGGAAUUAAGGGAGUGGUUAAAGAUGGUCGUCUCCCCUGUAGAGUUGUCUCUUUUCAUCAAAGGGAACAAUGAGUAUGUUCUUCCACUCACGACAAGCUCUUAACAGGUAUCUGUCUCAUCCAUGUAAAAGUGAUGUUAUUGCCCUUGAAGGUAGGGUUCUCCCCUUGCAGAUCCAUGCAUGCUCUGUAUAGAACAAGUUAUGCGAAAAACUGCGCCUGACGAAAAAGGAGAAGGAAAUCUUAAUUCUUGGUCUUCCAUGAAUUAGAAAUAUGGAUUAACUUAUUUGUCAUGGGACUUUGUUGGGUUUUCAUCUGUGAUUUUCUGAGGUGAGAGAGAGAGAGAGAGAGAGAGAGAGAGAGAGAGAGAGAGAGA